UCGAUGCGACAUUAAACACACGGCCCUUUCCAUAUUCUGCUUCCCUCCUCCUCGGCCUCUCCAGCUCUCCAAGCUGCCGCCGCCUCUGUCCUCCUCCUCUUCUCGCCGCCGUCCGGCGGCGCGACUAGCUUCGUGUCCUCGGCGUCAUCCUCCCAGCUUCCUUCUUAUAUACACAAAUAGUUAUUACUGCUUCUGUUCGAUCUUUCCCGCUUGAGCGAUUCCUGGCCGGUUCACACGCUAUGCACGCAACGUGUUCGCGCAAUUACCUGAGCGAACUGCUUCGCUGCCGGGGCCAGGGGCAGUGGCAAUGCCAGUGCCCUUACCAGCUUUCGCCCGCGCGAGGCAUGACGCGCGGCCGCAGCGUGAAGGACCGGAGCAAGAAGAAGCGCGUGCACGCGCUCGAGGUGGCCACCGAGCGCUGGAAGGUCCUCUCCAAGGUGCUCACAGUCGUUGACGCGCUCAAGAAGGAGGAGGAGCACGUCACGCCGCUCAAGCGCCUGGAGAUCCUGCGCCCCCAGCUCGGCCUCGUCAAGCCGCACAAGGUGGCUCACUUCGUGCGCCGCUCGCCGCACCUGUUCGAGGUCUGCCGCGACAGCCGCGGCGUCAUGUGGGCGGGCCUCUCGCCGCAGGCAGAAGCGCUCGUCGAGGAGGAGGCGCGCCUGCUGGAGGAGCACUCCCCCACUGCCGCGCAGUACGUCACUAGGAUGCUCAUGAUGUCCGUUGACCGGCGGCUGGCAGUGGACAAGAUCGCCCACUUCCGGCGCGACAUGGGGCUUCCUCAUGACUUUCGGACACGGUGGGUGCACAUGUUCCCCGAGCAGUUCAGGUUGGUCAGAUUGGAGGAUGGUGAGUAUUUGGAGCUUGUCUCUUGGAACCCAAACUGGGCAGUCACUGAGCUUGAGAAGAAGGCUGCUGCAUCAGCUGGUGAUGCCAAUGCCAGUCCUCCAGGAGAGCUCUCGCUUCCGUUCCCGAUGAAAUUCCCGCCAAAUUUUACAAGUUACUACAGAUUUCGAGGGAAAGCUCAUCAUUAUGUGAAGACAGGCAAUACCGAGCAGUUUCAGAAGAUCACCUACCUCUCCCCUUAUGCAGAGACAAAGGGAUUGACUCCUGGGUCGCCAGAGUUUGAUAAGAGGGCUGUUGCAGUGAUGCACGAGAUACUGAGCUUCAUGUUGGAAAAGAGGCUGGUGACCGAUCACCUUACGCAUUUCCGCCGUGAGUUUGUAAUGCCGCAGAAGCUGAUGAGGUUACUCUUGAAGCAUUAUGGCAUCUUUUAUGUUUCUGAGAGGGGAAAGAGAUUUAGCGUCUUCUUAACAGAGGCAUAUGAUGGGACAGAAUUGAUAGAGAAGUGCCCGUUGGUGCGGUGGAGGGAAAAGCUCCUUCAACUUACUGGUUACAGAGGGAGGAUGAAGAAUCUUGGUAAAUUUGACGCGUCUUCUGAUUCAGAGGAUUACUUAUUAGGUGGUGGUGAUGAUGCUGUAUUGGACAUUGAAAGUGAAAAUUCGGAUGACAUCUUAGAUGGCUGUUCUAUUUCAGAUGAUUCUGAGAUGGAUUUAGGGGAUACAAAUGAAUUUUGCAGAGACUGAAUUGCUGUUUGUGCAUGUGUAGCACAGAAGAAUAAUUGUACACUAUUUCUUAGCUGCUGCCAUUUACAGAGUUCCAGAUUUAGCCAAGCUUAAACAUAUUGAGGCAGAUUGGGUAUUCUUCUCUUGCUACUGACGUAUUUGGACUUCUAAAUAUUAGUCAAAGCUCAAACAGAUUGCAAUGAUUGGACGUGGGAGGGUUGAAUAUUGCUUAUACCAUGUCCCAUUCAUGUUAUGAAACCAGAUCAGUGGCCUAUGAUAUUUUCUUUGGAAAAAAGGAUGAAACAAAACAUGCUGCUGUACUCAAGUUAUGGUUUUGUCCAAGAUAUCUUCAUUAUUAAACAGUCAUAUCUUUCCUUUCAGCACUCCAGGGGGGAGGAGGUGAUGAAUUAAAAGUUCAGAUAUGUACAUGACUACCUUCCAGCGUCAUUGAUGAAUGACAAUCUUUAAUAUAGAAGCAAUUUUGUAGUAUGGACGAACAAAUCGUUUGCAAGAACAUGUCACUUAGAGUUUGUUCUGCUCUCCCCUUUUGUUAAUUUGGCUUUGCUGUGCAAAACAUGAUAUGGUGGCCUAUAAUUUAUUACCUAAAUGACUAAUAGAAGUGUACAUCGGGUGACAGUAAAAAAUAUAUGUACGGAAUAUGUCAACAUUUUAUUUAUACUAUAAUAUGUCAAAUGUGUGAUC